AUGCGGACAUCUGCUGGUGCUGCUACAAGGUCUUGGGUUGAUAAGAAUGUUUUUAGUGGAUGCUGUCAGAUCGAUGAGAACCAGUUAGCAUCAACUGUUGUUGUUUUGGAGGCUUGGAUCUAUGAGCAAGCAGGCGCCCUGCAGAAGCUUCUGGCCACAUACUACCCUAUAGAGAUCGAUUCCACACGCUCAGUGGAAGAGAAGUUACCACUCAUGGUAGAAUGGUGGACUAAAGCUCAUGAGCUCCUUGUGCAGCAGAAGAUCAGUAAGGAUCAUUUGGCUCGAGUUGUGAAAGAGUCUGAAGCCAUGCUGAGGGAUGGAUACCAGCAGUUCUUUGGUCAUCUCCAUCAGAUGUCUGUUCCUCUGCUGAUCUUCUCUGCUGGGAUUGGGGAUGUGUUAGAGGAAGUGAUCAGACAAGCUGGUGUUUUCCAUCCUAAUGUCAAAGUCUUUUCCAACUACAUGGACUUUGACGAUUCUGGUUUUUUGCGAGCAUUUAAAGGAGAGCUAAUUCACAUCUACAACAAACGGGAAGGAGCACUGAUCAAUGUUGAACACUUCAAAGAGCUCCAGAGCCGCUGUAAUGUCCUGUUGCUUGGAGACUCCCUUGGGGAUCUCAACAUGGCUGAUGGAGUCCUGGGCUUAAAAAACAUCCUGAAGAUCGGAUACCUCAAUGAUAAGGUGGAUGAGAGGAGACAGUCAUACUUAAACACCUAUGAUAUCAUCCUGGAGAAAGAUGAAACCAUGGAUGUUCCCAAUGCCAUUCUGCUAUACAUCACGGGACAAUGAACUAUAUUGUUUAGAUCUCCAAGAUAAGGACAGACUCAAUAAUUUUAUUUUUUGUUCCUUUUUUGUAAAGGGUUGGAAUGUUUUUGUCUAUUGUCAAACUUGGUAUCUCCAUUAUACUACACGUUCCUUCCUUGAGUUAAGAUCAAAGGAUAAAUUGAUCUUUAUAGCUCAUAACUUUAUUCUUUCUUCAUGUGCUCUAAUUUCCUCCAUUCUCUCUUUUCACUCUUUACUCACCCAAAUAAAUCAAGUAUUUUAGUGGA